AUGAGGGACCAGUUCGUCGGGAAUGGCUGUUUGGCAUGGUUCGCCUCUUCCGUCGUGGAGACGGGGGAAGUGCGUCGGGAAGAGAAAGAGAUUCACGGAUGCCCUCGUUCUCAAGAGGGUUCAAUGGAGGGCUGCAUGAUCGGAGAGCCACCCCAAAGGCCAACACGAAGGCGAAGGACUCGCAACGCUCCUUCCUUCACCGACGAUAAAAUUAAUUGGCCUCAUGGUGCCAUUAUGGUGACAGCGGGUCUGCCGUUCCAAUGCCCGUCAAGUGGAGUCUUCCCCUUCGAAGCUGAUUGCAUCCAUUUCUACGGAUGCGACUCUCAAAGAAGAGUUGGGCUUUUCCGAUGUCCUAAGAAGCAUUACUUCGACGAGAAGCUUCAAGAUUGUGUUCACCAACACCAACGAUCCUCUUGUGACAAGGACCCAGACAAGUUGGCCCUCGUCUACCUUGAAUUCACUCCCUACCAAGUCAUGAAUGCCGUUCGAAUGGAACCCAGGAAUCUUUUGACAGCCUGAGAGGACUUCCCACAUCUUACUAGUCUUUCAGGAACUGGAUCAUCUUGCCCAUGAAGAAUUUGUUUGUGAUACAUAGUACCACAGGGAAAAAGAGUCCUACCAGAGUACAAAACUCCAACAGGUUUUACUCUACCCAGGACAUCGAUAAAUUACAAUCGAUCAAUGCUUAACUGAAAAAAAAAAUCAAUGUUGAUUUCUUGUUGAUUAUAUGUGCAGUCCAUCCAAGUCCUCGUCUUUCUGGAAACCAGGCUCAAAAUGCAAGGGCAUUUCACUUCCGGCCUGGCCCUGGCUGGGAAAUUAUUUAUAUUUAGUGUGAAGUGUUACUGUGAUGUACUGUAUGCAUGUGAAUGUGUGAGAUGGGGAAAUACGUGUCACGUUGCAUGCUUACUGCCUGUUGCAUGUUACCAAGGUGCCUGCUUUACUGCCAUUUGUCGCUCAUUCCUUGCAUGAAUAAAGAAUUCCAUUCCAAUAGAGAAAGCCUUGAUGCAUAGAAAUUAAUUCCAUUCCAUAAAGUGCACUCUCUAUCUCAUAUUUCCAAAAGGGAGUCAGCCACAGAGAUCACCUCACGAUUCACCUUGGCUGUAACAAACCAAAAAAAAACAACAAAGAAAUCAACUUUUUCGUUUGUACUUUCCUGUUGAGGCUUUUAGCUUGAAAUUGAUAAAAUUUUAAGCAUCAAGUGAACAUGACAUUAGACCACCAUCAAAAGGAAACUGAUUGCAGGUGAAAUCAAAACGACGAAAAUCAAAAUCAAAUGAUUUCACUUAAAGGUGAUCUCACAGUUAAUAUGUCCUGUCUAGGUUAGGUUAACCAUGCUUUUCAUGAAACCAAAUGAACAUGCUCAAUUCAAGCAAAGGAAGCCAAGAAAGAAACUGUAAAUUGAAUGCUAUUCAUGCCAUUGACUAUUUCAUAAUUUGAGUAGACUAGAAGCUGUGUGACAAGUGAGAAUUUGUAUGCUAUUGACUUCAUAUUUCUGUCUAACAUUAGAGAUUUGAAAUACAUGCUUUCCAGAUGAUGCCCACCAAUCUUGUCAUCCAUUCAUUUGGCCUAAUCAGUAACAUGAUAACAAAGUCCAUGUGCAAGC